AUGGAAUACCCCCCUCAGUAUCAGCAACACACCCAGCAUCCUCACAUGCAGGGAGGUUAUCAAACGUCGCCUCAGAGUGCCGGUCCCGGUUCGCUCCAGUCUCCAUCCGGCCCUCAAUCGCAUAUGCAACAACACAACCCCAAUCAAGCCUCUCCCAUCCUCCCUUCCCAAAGCCAGAAUCACUAUCAACCUCAGUCGGCCGGUGGUGUCCAUCAAUCCAUUGCUUAUCCGCAAUAUGGUGUCGGUACGGGAAUGACACAAGGCUAUGGCAUAUCGCCGACUCAAGCUGCGGCCAUGGCUACCGCGGCGGCAUCAGGACAAAUGCCGCCCCUGCCUUCCACUGUGAGCAUGCCCCAAGCAGGACAGAUGAACCAACAGAGACGCAUGAGCCAACAUAUCACGAGUCCUCACGGCCAAGUCUCUCAGCCUGUCCUGAAUCAUAACAUGCCACGACAAUCGGUUCCUCCUACAAUGCCUCCUCCGCAACAACCUGUACAGCCACCACAGGAAGAAAUUGUAGCGGGAAGUGCAGAGGAGUCUCCAUUGUAUGUCAAUGCGAAACAGUUCCAUCGCAUUCUCAAACGCCGUGUUGCUCGACAGAAGCUUGAAGAGCAGUUGAGGCUCACAUCCAAAGGUCGUAAGCCGUACCUUCACGAGUCGAGACACAAUCAUGCUAUGCGACGACCUCGUGGUCCCGGCGGUCGGUUCUUGACGGCCGAUGAGGUUGCGGCAUUGGAGAAGAAUCAAGGUGAGGGCACCGAGAACGGAACGCCUGUGACCAAGAAAGCCGACAACGUGUCUUCGGGCACCAAGAGAAAGGCGGGCCCUUCCGACAACGAAACCCCGGUCAAGAGAUCGAAGCUCGCCAGUGAGAGUGCCGAAGAAGAGGAUGACGAUGACGGUGAGGAGGACACGGGCUGA